AUGGCAAAAUUACAACGAUUCCUGAAGCUCAACGAUCGAUUUGAUUCUCAAGUGUUCACGUUUGUUCUUCCGGCAAAGCUUGCAACGGACGAUAAUCCUGAUUUGUACACAAAAGACGUCGUUUACGGAUACCAUAAGUGGACCGUCAGUUUCAUUCGCACAGACGUACAUUUAGGUUGCUUUCUCAAACUUCAGACAGCCGGAAAUGGUAUGAAGUGUCAGAUCGACUUCUCUUUUACAUUACUGAACCGAGAACACUUCACGAGAAACGAAACAUUUAUAGAAAAGGCGUGUAUAUUAACACCGGAAUCUAAUCAACAUGGACGAAAAACUUUUAUAGGGUUGAAUGACUUAUUAGAAAGAGAGUUCUCUCAAGUAACUGGCGAUUACCUCAUAGAAUUAGAAAUGAGAAAAAUAAAUUGCAUUUUCGAGUGUUUUAUACGGCUUCCAAAGGAGCAGCAACACAAUCGUUUACUGACGUACGAAACGAGGCUUGAAUCAUCGUAUUUUACGUAUGGCCUUUUUGACUGGAGCAUUUCACUAUCCCAAAACGAAGCCACUAUGCAACAGGACGAAUGUAUAACUUUGCAACUUCAUCGACAUACUAGUUUUGACCACGUAUGCAAUGUCAGGUAUUAUAUCAGUAUCGGCGAGAAUGACGAAUUCCAGUCCGAAGAGCUUGACCAGCUUGUUGACCUCACAGGAAAUGGUGACCUCUACGUCGUGAAUGGGUCAUUCCAGCAGCUUGCCAAGGGAAGGUCAUCGCUCAAGGUCAAGGUCAGCAUGGUCUCCGUCGUUUCAAUAAGCGAAGUGAUCUUGAAUGUGGCUACCCAAGGGAAGACUCGAGCUCACUUAUACGACAAGGACAAACAAGCUUGGUUGAUGGAGGCUGACACGAGCGGGAAGACGCUUUCAUUCCGUCUAUACUACACAGAUAUCGCCCACGUGCCUCGCAAAUACAGCCGCUACGUCUGUUGGAACGUGUUAGUCCUGACAAGGUAG